CGCCCCGCCCCGCCCCCGGGCGGCACGAGCGGAGCCCCGGCCGGCGGAGCGCAGCGCAGCGCGGUGCCCGGGGGGGGGACGUGUCACACGGGCCGGGAAGAUCCUCGCCUCGGAGCGCGCGGGGCCUGUCGCUGCCCCCUGCCCGGGGGCGCUGGAGCCGGCGGGACGCGCCGCCCUGUCCGCCCGCCGCCAGGGCCCGCCGGCUCCGCGCGGGCAGCCCCGCGCCGCCGCCACGGCGCCCUUAAGUCACGAGGGGCUGUUUUGGGGUCGUGGCGCCAACGCUUGCGGGCCGUGGCCCCCCGGAGCCGCGGGGCGGGAGAGGCUCGCAGCUGCGGGGAGAGUGCAGGGGCGGCUGGGGCCGCGGGCCGGGGUGGGGCGGUCAGGCGGAGCAGCCCCCGGUGAGCGGCCUGCCCAGAGCGGUGCUGCAGCGCGGCUGUCUGCGCCGUCCGUGUCCCCGGCGCUGCCGUGACGGUGCGUGCCCCCAGGUCGCGGCGCGGCGCGGCGGAGCUGGCGGUGGCGGUGGCGGUGGCGGACGUGCGCGCAGAGGAGAUGCCGCCGCCGGGGGCGCGGCGGGAGCAGCCCCAGGCGCGCGGUGCGGACAGGCCGCUGGAGGAGGCCGGGCACAGGGAGACGCGGGGGCCUGGGGACGCCGAGGAGGAGCCCCCGCCCCCGCCCCCGCCCCGCCAGGACUCAGAUCCUGCCUUGUUGGACCUGGUCCUGGCCACAGGCGAUGACUUGGUGAGAGGACUGUGGGUGCUUGACCACCUGGGUGAUAGAAAUCAUCGCCUACUGGAAUUCACAAUCCAGGACAGGGUGUCAAGGGCCUGCAGCAAGGCAGCAGCCCUGGACUUCAGGAGGGCAGACUUCAAUGAGCUUGACACAAGUGCUCGACCCUUCGCUCGUCUGCAGGCUGUACGGGGGAGAGCGCGUUUGUGGAAAAGGAAAACAUCAGCUGGCGACCGGCUGAAGAGAGCAGACAGACACGAGACCGAGCGAGGAGAGUCCGUCCGCCCCCGAACCGCGAGACAACGACGGCAAUCGCCUUCACCGAACAACACAGCGAUCGCCCGGCAAGAGCCCGGGGCCUGGGGGACCUGGCAAGGCUAUGAAAGAUGGGACGAGACCUAUCGAUUCUGGGUCUCGUUCUGCGUGUCACCCUGCAGCACCGGUCUGUCUGCCCAGCACCUGCUCCUGACCAACCUGGCUGGCCACUGAGCGGGUCCCAGUACUGGUAAUGUAAGGUUUGACCUAGAAACUACUAUGCAAAGCCUAAGCAAAAGUGAAUGUUGUGUGUCGAAUGCCCAUCUGCAAUGAUAAGGAGCAGACAGUCUUAGAUAGAGGAAGCUUGAAAACAAAAACAGAAUCAGAGGUACUGGAACAAAGAGCUCAUUAUAAUACUAAAAAUCACACCCCUAGGCGGGGAAGAUAUAUGCUAAUGAAACAUAUGUAUGUUAAUGAGAUACAUGGCUAAAACACAGGUAUAGAGACAUGCUCAGUAAAGAACUCCUUGCGUCACUCCUUUAUCACCAAUCAGCAAACAAGGAUGCUUAUGAAGAUUCAAUCUCUUGUAUAUAAGGGGCUCAGUAUUGCAUACGUGCUGUGCUUGUUUUGUGAAAUUAUUCCCUCCGCUUGCACCUUUGAUUGCUAGCAAUAAACCUUCUUUGUACUUUCA